AUGGAGAAUGUCAAUCAACUUCUUCAACAAGAUCAGAUAGGAAUCAAACCUACACGUUUCUGCACAUGUAGUGAAAGUGAAUUGCGAGAAAGUAAAUUUGUGAAGUCUGUCUCUCAAUCAACGACUCUGGUUGAUGGAAGGAUUCAGGUAAAGAUGCCGUGGAAUGGAAAGGGACCUCCGAAGCAAAGUAACUACGACAUCGCUGUAAAGAGAAUGCAGUCAGCCGAAAGGUCAUUCGAAAUGAAGGGUUGCAUUGAUGUUGUCGACGAAGAAGUAAAAAAGUUAGUGGAUCAAGCGUUUGUCAUCAAGGUUCCUCCCGAACAUGUCAACCACACCCAAGCAGAAUGGUAUUUGCCACUGCAAGCCGUCUUCACCCCAGAGAAGACAACCAAAGUGCGGCUUGUCUUUGACUCAUCAUGCAAAGGAUACGAUGGGCUCUCGCUGAACGACCGCCUGGAAAAGGGUCCCAACUAUAUCAAUCAACUGCCGAACGUUCUAACAGCAUGGCGGUGGGAUGAAGUGGCUUACUCGGGGGAUGUCCGGAAAAUGUUCAAUCAGAUUAUGGUUCAUCCAGAAGAUCAAAUCUAUCACAGGUUCCUAUGGAGAAGCAAGCUGAGCGACACCCCAACAGUGUAUCAAUGGCUACGAUUAAGCUUUGGCGACAAACCAGCCCCUGACAUUGCCGCAAACUCCAUCAACACCCUGGCAAAAGCGUCAUUGUCCGAGUUCCCAGACGCAUCUAAAGAACUUCGGGAGCAUGCAUACGUAGAUGAUAUUGCCGGAUCUAAGCCGACUGCGGAAAAAGCCAAAAGAGUCAUUGAUGAAAUCGACAUUGUUCUUGGUAAAGGACAAUUUCAGAUCAAGACAUGGCACUCUAACCAUGAAGUAGUCGAUCGAUCUAAUCAUGAGCAGUUCACAGACCUACUUGGUCACAAGUGGGACAAACGGGCAGAUAGAUUUAGCUUCAAGAAACAGGAAAUAAUCGGACAGUUAAACAAAGUCUCGAAAAGAAAUUGCCUGGCCUUCCUCGCUCAACUUUGGGAUCCACUCGGUCUUGUCUCUCCCAUUAUGAUAACGUUUAGGAUCGACCUGCAAGAGCUUUGGAGCGCGGGCUUCUCCUGGGACGAAAUCCUUCCGCCAAGCGUUCAGACGAAGUGGAUCGAGAAUGUAGAGUCAAUGAAUCAACUCCUCACGUUUGAGUUCGAUCGGAAACUGAAACCAAGUAACGCAGUGGGCAAUCCAGAAGUGCACGGAUUUUCGGACGGGGGAGAGCAGGCGUUUGGUGGAGUUAUUUUCCUGCGCUGGGAGCUUGAUGAUGGAAGUUAUCGUUGUGUCGCUGUCAUGGUGAAGCCAUUCGUUGCACUUCUAAAGAAGAAAAGCAUUCCAAGACUGGAACUUUUGGGUUGUUUGGCUCUCUCCAGAAUGUACGACACAUGUCGGAAAGCCCUAGAGUUCGUGAAUAUGAAGGACUUUAAAAGAAUCUUUUGGAUCGACUCAACAACUGUAUUAUCAUGGGUCAGGACUCCACCACGUCAAUUCAAGCCUUUCGUAUCGAGCCGAGUUGCUGAAAUUCAGGAAACGAUUGGCACAGAGGGCUUCCGCUAUGUCAGAUCGAAGAGCAAUCCAGCUGAUGGUCUCACACGGGGAAUCGAACCAGCCGAAUUAGCAAAUUGGUUGGCAGGUCCAUCAUUCCUGAAGUUUCCCGAAGCCCAGUGGCCAGAGUUCCACGAAGAUCUCAUAUUAUCCAAUUCAGUAUGCCAGGAAACAAUGAAAGAGAAGAAAUCAUCAUUUUCAUCCAAUUGUAACAAGGAAGUUAAUGAAGUCAACGUCUGUUUAGCUACUGAAGAGAAGAAAGAAAAUCCCAUUCUUUGUCACUUGAUGGCCGCUUGUUCUUCAUUUUCAAAGGUUCGGAGAACACUGGCUUACAUAUUGCGAUUCACACAAAAUGCAAGAAAGAUCAAUAUGAAAAAAGGGACUAUUACCGCUCAGGAGCUACAAAUAUCAGAAAAAUACCUUUUUAAGUUGUGUCAAGACUCCCUAGACCUAUCCCACUUCGAAGAAAAACUUCUUCCAAGGACGGACCAGGAUGGCCUUCAACGAGCACACGGACGCCUGGAAGAGAUCAGAUCACUCUCAGAGGAAAUGAGAAAUCCAAUCAUCUUACCACGCAACCACCCACUGGUCAAAUUACUUCUGCAGCACCUCCACGACAAACGGCGACAUUGCGGUUACAAGAGCUUAAUGCACGAGGCAAGAAAGAGGUUCUGGAUCAUCGGUCUACGUAGUAUGUGUAAACAACUUACGAGAAGAUGUAUCAUCUGUAGAAAAUUGCGAAAGAAACCCCUCGACCAACUGAUGGGCCAAAUCCCAAGUCUUCGAGUCGCGGCCGGACUGCCACCAUUUUCCAAUACCGCAAUGGACAUGUUUGGACCGGUGCAGAUCAGAAUGAACAGAAAGACACUCAAGGAAGCCCAAGUGAUAAUCUUUACCUGCAUGACGACCAGAGCAGUUCACCUGGAACUCGUCACCGAUAAAAGCACAGAGACAUUUUUGUUGGCAUUUCGCCGUUUCGCAUGCUUACGCGACCAUCCCAAUGUCUGUUGGUCAGACUGUGGUACUAAUUUCGUCGGUUCACAAGGUUAUCUGAACGAAAUAAUGAAGAAUUGGGACAACGCUAGAAUCCAGAGUGUACUGACCGAGGAGUUCUCGUGCGAUUUCAAAUGGCUGUGGAAUGUGCCUCAUACCAGUCAUCAGAACGGUGUCGUCGAGUCUCUUAUUAAGUCCGUCCGACAAGCCUUCAAUGUUACCUGCAAGAGUCAAGCGUUUACGGCAGAACAGUGGUCAACAUUCCUCGCAGAAAUCAGCUACGUGAUCAAUAGUCGCCCUUUGUAUCCCAGUUCGGAUGGCGUUUGGGAGAGUACACCAGUAACACCGAAUGAUAUCCUUCUUGGGCAGCAUAAUUCACCACCUCAGCCAACCCCAGAAGAUAGAAUCAACCCAAGAGAUCUUUUACGAUGCACACAAAACAGAAUCGUCGAUUUCUGGAAAUGCUGGUUGAAGUAUUUUGCACCCAAUCUAUUACCCCGCAACAAGUGGUUCCGAAAAAGAGACAACGUUCAAGUAGGGGACCUGGUUCUGGAGCUUGAUCCAAAACAUAAAAGAUGCCAAUGGAAGAUGGCACUUAUCACCGAAGUUCAUCCCGGAAGCGACGGCCUUGUGAGAAAAGUAAGAAUGAAGACGCAAACAGGAGAAUAUGACAGACCCAUCCACAAGCUGUGUCUUAUAGCCACCAGAGAAGAACUUGAUGUAGACUAGUAUAACUAGAACAGAAUGAUUGUAGUGACAAUGGAUUCUUUGCAUUCCUAAAGUAUUUUCAGUAUAUUGUGUUAGACGUUGCUCAAUUAGAGAUUUAAUUUCCGCACUGGGGCAGAGUGUUAAGAUAUUGCGAUCGCCGGUGUUGAGAGGGGAGUGGGACGGAGGAAGUGAAACGGCGAGGAAGCUUCGCGGAAUUGGAAAGAAAGAAACUAAAAAAGCGAACUUGUUAUGUUAAAUACAGUGAACAAAAACUUAAAAAUAAUAACUUAGGAAAAGGCAAGGAUACUCAGAUUAUGCCUCACGAAUUGUAAGUCAGUCUUGCUGCAACCUUCAAUUGUCAGUAUAUCUGAGUUGUUGUAAUAGCUGUAAUUUUGCUUGAUUUAUAUAGUUGACUAUUUACAAAAUAAAGUAUUAGUGCAGAAAGAGAAAACAGAUUUGGGUAUUUCAAUGUGAUUUGCUUCAAACAAAGUAGCGUCUCCCCGGUUGGCGUAGAUGCGAAACAGUUCCAUUCUAAGUUAAUGGUGUCAGGGUUCUUCUCGAUGUAUGAAUUGACAGAUCCGUCAUCGAUGUUCUCGUACGAUUUCUUAGCUAUUUCAGCUUGUUGACAUUUAAGUUUGGCCCAUUUUGACCUACACUCAAGAAAUUUCUUAAUAAGCCCUUGGCGUGUAACUUUGCAAAGUUGCUCCGUAACGCCAUCAAAAUGCAUAAAACAUGAGGAUAUUCGAGUUUUAUAAAUAUCUUCAGCCAUGUUUCUUUGCAUAACCGGGCGUGUUUCCACUUCGAAGCAUGUGCGUUGGUUGUGCGCGUGCGCAGUGCGAGUUUGGCUGAGUAGCGCAUGCGUAUUUGCUAUCAAAACAAUGGCGGUUCGAAUAUUUCGAAGCGCGAAAAUAUCAAACACGAUCGCACUCGACAUUGAACACUGUACAAAGUGGCAGUAUGAAAGUGCAUUAACAUUCAUUCGUAUUACUACAAUAUUACUUCGAAGACAUCGAAUUUUUCCAAUAAAUAAACCAAACUAUCAUGCUAUAGUAUAUUAUAUAUUGUACUGUAUACUUUGUAAGUAAACAACAUGUAUUAAUACGUUAAAAUUUCGCAUGUAGCAAUUCUUUAAUAGCUCAUAACCAACAGAAAUGUAUUCACUAACCUUCAAUUUACAACCAGCGGCCGUGAUUUGUAAUUUGAAUCGUUCGUUUACGAAAAAUAGUCGAAUUAUUCAGCCAAAUGGCCAUUCUGCAAUACAAAUCUCUAACUAGAAAUACAUGCAUGCAGUAAACCCUCGCCUUUUUUAACAGAUGAAGUAUAGAAAUUCCAUUCAACAUGAAGUACUCCAUGUUCAAAAUAAUAAUAGUCGCUAUGGUAACAUGAAACUAAUAUGAGCAUGGGCGUACCGGGCGGGGGGCAGGGGGGGGGGGGCGGUAGCCCCCCAGUUUUUUCGGCAGUCGGGCAAUAUUCGAUUAACAGUCGGGCAAUUUUGGUUUGUUAUAAAAAUAAAUCGGACAAAUUCUGUCAAUUUUUUCGAAAAUUUAGUCAAUUUUGUGGCCAAUCUAGUGUUUUUUUUGAAAAUUUAUGCGAUGCUGCGAAAAAUUUUGGUAUGUCCGGAAAAUUUUUUUGACCCUUAAACGGUACACUGACCGAAAUUUUUUUGGCGACGGGGGGGGGAUUGCCAAAAAAAUUUUUCCUGGAAAAAUAUUUUGGUACUAGUCGGGCAAAAUCACGAAAAGUCGGGCAAUUUUCUUUCCGCCCCCCUAAUUUUUUCCUUCCGGUACGCCCAUGAAUAUGAGAAAAUAAUAGGAGAUAAUUUUUUACCAAAAGAAUCGUUGAUUUUCAUAAUUUGUUAUUAAAAGGAAUGUAGUUUUAUGUUAUGUGGUUUUCAAUCGGCUAAAAGUUGUGUAAAAUGUAACUGUUAAAUGUUAAAUUCAUGACACAACUAUAAUACAUGACCACAUGUUCACAUCAUAUGCAAUUGCAAACAAUUUUCAAAGGAGUAGGGUACAGAAUUGCAAUAUAACAACAUAUAAGUAAAUUAUACAUGUCAUGAACUUACCAGUUUGUGUUGAGUUAAAUUUUAAAAUUUUUAUGACAUCAAAUAUUAUUUAUUUAUUUGCAAAUCAAAACAUUUUAAAAUUCUCGUGUUUUGUUUUGUAUUGCGCCCGCGAUAUAUUAAUGGUAUUAACUGCUGUGAAUAUGAUAUACAUUUUUAAUACAUUACAUUUGCGCUCGAAAGUUCAGGAAGUGAGUUUCUAGAAAGGAUGAAAACUCCGUUUUAUAUAUGGUAUGUAAAAGGUAAUCGUUGUUUACUGUUUACUGUUUAUUUUGUAUUCAGGUAUGGGGAAUUUGAGCGAUGAGAGUUGCAAAACUUGCAAAUGUAGUCUGACUAGUUUCUUUGACGUCAUCAUGCAACUAUUUAAUAUUGUGCUACAUUCAUUAUUCAAUUUAUUCGCAGCAAUUAGCCUUCUAUAAGCCAUACAAAUGAUUAUAGCCAGGGACGCCGGAACUGGGGGGGCAGGGGGGGGCGGCUGCCCCCCCUGCCUUUUGCUAGGGGGGGCAGGGGGGCAGGGGGGCCAAAAAAACGGAAGAUUUCGAAGUUUCGCUUUAGACAAGUGCCCUUGCUGUGGGUCCGCCCCCCUUUGCCUUAUGAUCGUUCCGGCGUCCCUGAUUAUAGCUUAUAGCCCACCUUGCCUUUAACAUUGAUCCUAUAUAUAAUGAAUUAACAUAACUAACUUGAUUAUGUUGCUAGUCGAGUAUGGGACCUAUGGGUCUUCUAGAUCCUAGAGUAGCACAUUAAAUAUAAAGUUUCCGUAAGGCGGUAAUAUUAAAGACUGUUCUUAUUUAUGCAUGACCUUUGACUAUUAAGUGCCAAAAAACUGUGCCUACAAUAAUCAACUUAUUCCACUAUCCAGGUUGCAUCAC